CAAGAGAAUUCCGUGGUAUAUUACUUUGUUAUAAACCAGUUCCUUGCGUUUGUGGUUUGUGAACAUUGGUUACAUCCUAAGACGUUGCCUAUUAUGCUCUGAAGGUAUACCAAAGUAUAAGGGCUAUUCAAGAUGGCGGAAGUGGAUCCGGAGACGCUGCUUGAAUGGCUGCUAACGGGGCAGGGCGACGAGCGCGAUAUGCAGCUCAUCGCCCUUGAACAACUGUGCAUGCUGCUGCUCAUGUCUGAUAAUGUCGAUCGGUGCUUUGAAAGCUGCCCACCAAGAACUUUUUUGCCUGCACUCUGCAAGAUUUUCCUGGAUGAAUGUGCACCAGAUAACGUCCUAGAAGUCACAGCUAGAGCUAUCACAUAUUAUUUGGAUGUUUCUGCUGAGUGCACAAGGCGCAUUGUGGCAAUCGAUGGCGCCGUUAAGGCUAUCUGCAGCCGGCUUCUCACGGUUGACCCGAACAAUCGCACUAGCAAGGAUCUCGCUGAGCAGUGUAUCAAAGUACUGGAGCUGGUAUGCACUCGCGAAGCUGGUGCGGUGUGGGAAGGCGGCGGCCUGCCCGCCGUGCUGCACUUCAUCACUCUCUAUGGCACCUCCGUGCACAAGGACACAUUGCAUUCUGCCAUGGCUGUGGUUUCACGAGUUUGCGGCAAAAUGGAGCCAGGCGACGCAAGAGUAGGCGACGCGGUGUCAUCUCUGUCAGCGCUGUUGCGGCAUAGCGACGCCCGAGUUGCCGAUGCCGCAUUGAGGUGUUUUGCUUCCCUCGCUGACAGGUUUGCCAGGGCCCAUGCUGACCCGGCUCCACUUGCUGAACAUGGUCUUAUUGAAGAGCUGGUCCGGCGGUUAGGAAGUACGGAAAGUAGCGACGACAAAUGCUUAGCGCCUUCUGUCUCCACUACGGUCAGUCUACUGUCUACUUUGUGCCGAGGGUCGGCACAGAUCACACAUGAUUUAGUUCGUCUGGAAUUGUGUUCGGCGAUCGAGGCGGCGGUCCAGGCUGACGAGCGUUGGUGCUUAGAGUGUAUGCGCCUCGUCGACCUUUUGCUCGUACUGCUUUGUGAGGGUCGACAUGCUAUACAGACUGGUUCAAAUCGCGGUGCUGGCUCAGCGUCAGGUUCCAGUAGUGGCGCGAGUGGCGAAGGCUCCAGUGGCGGCGGCACGGGUAGUACUGGCCCCAGAGGCGAUAAAUCGCAUAGACAAUUAAUCGACUGCAUUAGAGGCAAGGACACGGACGCUUUGCUAGCGGCGGUGUCCAGCGGCGCGGUAGACGUAAAUUUCACGGACGACGUGGGCCAAACGUUGCUCAACUGGGCCGCUGCGUUCGGCACCAAGGAAAUGGUCGAGUUUCUUUGUGAAAAAGGUGCCGAUGUAAAUCGUGGCCAGCGCAGUUCAUCUCUACACUACGCGGCGUGCUUCGGUAGGCCAGCCAUUGCCAAAGUGUUGCUGCGGUACGGUGCCAACGCUGAUCUCAGGGACGAGGACGGAAAGACUCCACUUGAUAAAGCUAGAGAACGUCACGAUCAAGGACAUAGAGAAGUAGCAGCGAUAUUGCAAUGUCCUGGCGAAUGGCUCGUAGUUGGCAAUCACGAUUCCCCAACCUCGUCCAAUGAAGAUGACUUUCCCGAAACUGGUGACAAAGAAAUGGCUGCUGUAUACUUAGAGCGGCUGGUGCCAGUGUUCUGUGCACGUUACCUCGGCGCAGGCGGCGCCGGCGUCCGCCGCGCGUGCCUGUCGCUUGUGCGUAAGAUGGUACACUAUGCACCGGCGCCGCUGCUGCGGGCUCUUUCCACGCGCGGCACGGCCGCGCUCUUGACGCAGCUCGUCGCUGCGGUUAUCGACAACCUCGAUGACGAUGACGGCCACCUCAUAGUACUGGGCAUAGCUGAAGAGCUGAUGGUUAAAGCGUCGGACAUCUACUUGGAGCAGUUUGCAAGACUCGGGGUCUUCAGCAAGGUGGAAGCUUUAGCUUCCGCGCCGGCCUCUCUGGCGUCUUCCGACAGUGAAAAUGCUUGUGCUGCAGGGAGUAGUGAAGACGCGAUGUGCCUAGCCAGCGGGGUAGCAUACUCUUGGGGCGAAUGGUCCGUGUGUCGCGGACGUGACGCACUGUACGUAUGGAGUGACGCGGCGGCACUCGAACUCAGCACCGGCAGCAACGGGUGGUUCCGGUUCCUGCUCGAUGGCAAGCUCGCAACGAUGUAUUCUAGUGGUAGUCCUGAGCAUCAGACUGAUAAUACUGAGAACCGCGGCGAGUUUAUAGACAAAUUGCAACGGGCAAGAGCGUCAGUUAAGAAUUCUGUACCUCAGUCUAUUCUAUCCAAGCCUGGGCCUAAUAAACUUAUUCUCGGGAAUUGGGCCUUGUCUUGCAAGAAGGAAAAGGAGCUGCACAUACACAAUACAGAUGGACAGCAGCAAACAACCAUCCUAAGGGAAGACUUGCCAGGCUUUAUCUUCGAGUCUAACAGAGGCACUAAACACACUUUCACAGCUGAAACAUUUUUAGGUCCAGAGUUAGCAAGCGGUUGGGCUGAUCGUAGAGCAGCGGCGGCCAACAUUGCCAACGCCAGUCAAAGCAGGACUCGGCUCUCGGCUAAGACAGAGGCGUUGAAAGCUCAGGUGGGCGAACGCGCUCGUGCCUUAUAUUCACGUCACUUGGCGAGCGCUGCUACUAGACAACCACGUCCCCCGGUUGCUCGACUCCGAGCUCUUCUUGCUCGAAUGCAGCGACUAGCUACACAGCCCACUGGCGACUGGCAGCAAGAACUAAACGAAGCUUUAGAACAGCUAUCUGAACUUCUCUGCGGAGAUGAGUUGUUGUCUGCUUAUGAACUACAGUCUUCCGGUCUAGCCCCGGCUUUGCUUCAAGUGCUAUCUCCUCAAGCAAAUGAUGCGCCGGGCCAAGUGAAUGAACGUGAGCGUAUAGUGCGAGAUUGGGUAUCUCGUGAGUCAUGCCGUUCGGGUGCAAUAAUGGUCGAGCGGCUCGUGAGCGUUCUCGAGAGCGUCGAACGGCUCGCCGUGCUGGCGGCCGCCGGUGCUGGAGACGUACCGCCACCAGCUGCUGGCACUCUGCAUCAUCUCACUAAGCGAAUAAGAUUGCGUGUAGAGCGUGCGGCAGAGGAUUCUUCCGAAGAGGCUUCCAAUAACAGCAAUAACGCGGGUAGAAAUCUUAAAGUAGAAGCACUAGUAACCAUACGACAACUAGAAAGAUUCUUAGCUAAGUCAGUCGCUCGACAGUGGUACGACAUGGAACGAUCCACUUUCCAUUUUGUGCAGAAAAUCAAAGCCGAAGCUCCCAUCACUUUUACGUACGAUCACGAUUUUGACGAAUGCGGUAUCUUGUACUUUAUCGGGAGCAAUGGCGGCACUUGCGAAUGGGUUAACCCGGGUGCACAUGGCCUGGUUAGCGUGUGGUCUUCAGACGGCCGACAAUUGCCGUAUGGACGUGCAGAAGAUGCCCUUUCGAGGUCCCCUGAACCUCUUAACGUGCAUACAAAUGAUGAUAGAAGGGCCUUUAUUGCAUUGGAUUUGGGUCUUCUGGUUGUGCCUUCUGCUUAUACGUUACGUCACGCUCGUGGUUACGGACGUUCGGCGCUCAGGAAUUGGCUGUUCCAAAUGUCAAUGGAUGGCGUGGCAUGGAGUACUCUUCUGGCCCACGUGGAUGAGCAGGCCCUGCAGGAGCCGGGUAGCACAGCGACAUGGCGAAUCCGCGCCGACGCACCCUACCGCUACCUGCGUAUACAACAGAACGGAAAGAAUGCCAGUGGACAGAGUCAUUACUUGUCUCUCUCUGGUCUUGAAGUCUAUGGCAAGGUGAUAAGCGUGAUCGAAACACCGCCACGUCAGAGCGGUAGCGCGGGUGCGGCUGUGGUCGGUCGGGCUACGAGCCGGCGCUGGUCGCGCGGAGCUCGCGGCCUCUGCGCCGGCGCACGUGUUAUGCGUGGCCCUGACUGGAAGUGGCGCGACCAGGACGGGCCCCAUCCUGCUAUGGGCACUGUUACAUCGGAUUUACAUAACGGAUGGGUUGAUGUCAGGUGGGACCACGGAGGUCGUAAUUCAUACCGCAUGGGCGCUGAAGGCAAGUUCGAUCUAAAGGUGGUAAGCGGGGGGUCGACCGGCUCGACGGGGGCCUCGAGCGGUGGUGCUACUGUUGCUAGUGGCGCCGGUGGCGAGGGUGCUAGAGGGGGACGCAAAAGCCAUUCCACACCUAGUCUUCCAGAUGCGACAGCCGUUGACCAUCAGGUAUCAGUAGCAUCCACGGAGCAAGCAUCCUCAGCCGAUAACAUAUCGGGCGAAGAGAUGGCGAGCAACAUGACGCGCCCGCGCAUGCACGCCACUGACCUAUCCGCCAUUAACAACUCAACGCACCACAUUAAUACUGAUCUCGCCACUAUUGUGGAAUCUCUGACUCUGGGUGCGGAGGGCAAUAACUGCAUGUCGGAUUUGGGCAAUGCUUCAUUUACAAACAUGGAAAUGGGUCCCACCAGUAUCACUGAUAUCACCAAACCAUAUCCUGCUAAGGAACCAGUUCCGGAAGGAAACGGCCAAGAGGAGGGUGCGAGCGGGGGCUUUGGCGCUUUGGCGGCGCGCUGCGAGGGCGACGCGGUGCGGAACAGCGCCAACGCGCUGUUGUCCAGCGAGCUGCUAGCGCUACCCGCCUCGCUGCUGCACUCGCUGCGCAACGCGGCCAACCGCAGCCACACGCAGUGUGAAGAUAACGAAAGUGGCGAAGGUCAAUAUGGCGACCACAAGAAAGACGGCCAAAGCGGUUCUGGCAACAUGAGCGCUAGUGAGCCAGAUCUUACUCAACAGGGUGCCGCACGAUUAUUAGAAUCAUUGGGCGUGGGACGUGGUUCCAGUGCCGGUCGCGGCAGCAAUCAACAGAGAGCUGCGCGAUCGAAUAAUCAUUCGAGUAGUCUCUUCCCGAGCUUGGUUCGACUGGCGUUAUCUAGCAACUUCCCAGGCGGACUUCUUUCGGCAGCCCAAAGUUACCCAUCGUUGGCGCCCAACGCACAAAACGCUCUUACUUUAUCUCUGACUUCCACAUCUAGUGAAAGCGAACAGGUGUCCCUUGAGGAUUUUCUGGAGUCGUGCCGAGCCCCAGCGUUGCUAACAGAACUGGAAGACGACGACGAAGCAGAUGAUGCGCUUGACAGUGACAAGGAAAACGAACCCACUUAUCAAGAAGUAUCUUCGUUUUACCAGGUGUCGCGCAACUUGCUGUCACUCAUGGAGGAAGAGGCGUUAGAGGCUGUGCGGGGAGCAGGUGUUGGCGCUGCAGGAGGUGGACCGAGGGCGAGAAGACCCUGGGAUGAUGAUUUUGUGCUGAAGCGGCAGUUCUCUGCUCUCAUUCCCGCCUUCGACCCGCGUCCUGGGCGCACUAAUCUUAAUCAAACUGUUGAUCUCGAUAUACCCCUAAACGAUAAUUCGGACGACGAAGACGCGGCAGAACCAACAGCAAGUGCUCCAAGCAGCAGCAACGAGGGCUCAACAACCACCGGUCCUGGUCGGUUACCGGCCUUGCGACUGGUGUUAAGUGCUGGAGGAGCCUCGUUACCGUUAGAAAGGCCGUCGUGGACGCUCUACAGGGCUGUGCUCGCUCUCAACGCACGACUGCCUUCGCAUGACACGCAUAGAGAUACUACUUACACACUAACAUAUAAGGAGAUAGAGGGGAUGGAGACUUUUGCAUCUUCCAGUGAUAGUGAAGAUGAUGAACCCUGUGAUCCAGAACGCAAUAUAGUAGGCGCAGAAGGGCCCGAGGGUGCAAUGGCGACUUGUUGCGUGCGCGUGCUGAAGAGAAUUCGAGCUGCAGCACCCGACCUGCCUGCCGAGGCCUUCCUUUCCACGAAACUCACUAACAAGCUGCAUCAGCAACUCCAGGAACCUUUGGCUUUGGCAGCUGCAGCUACACCACAAUGGUGUCAGCAGCUAAACGAUUGGUGUCCAUUUCUGUUCCCCCUCGAGACUCGGCAGAUGUUCUUCGCGUGCACUGCUUUCGGUACAUCUAGAACUAUUGUUUGGCUUCAGGCGCAACGCGAUCGAGCGUUGGACAGACAAAGGGCCGGCAACACAGUGUCGCCUAGGCGUGCAGAGUUGGAAGCUACGGAAUUCCGCAUGGGCAGGCUUCGACACGAGCGAGUGCGGAUACCACGCCAGCCAGACUUGCUAAAAUCAGCAAUGCAGGUGAUGCGUGUACAUGCGGGGCGUAAAUCUGUAUUAGAAGUUGAGUUCGCUGGCGAAGAAGGUACGGGGCUUGGGCCUACGCUGGAGUUCUAUGCGCUGGUGGCGGCCGAGCUGCAGCGUGCAGACCUCGCCAUGUGGCUGCACGACACCCCACACCCUGACGACGAUCUCGCGCCGCACCAUCUCGCGUUGCCCGAUGAGAAACCUCCAGGUUACUACGUGACGCGCGCAGGUGGGCUCUUCCCGGCGUCACUCCCUCAAGACUCUCCUAUCUGUGAUAAAGUUUGCAAAUAUUUCUGGUUCUUAGGAGUAUUUUUAGCUAAGGUGUUGCAAGAUGGGCGUUUAGUUGAUCUCCCGUUGUCGGAACCAUUUUUGCGUCUAAUGUGCGGUGAAGAACUGACUACGGAACACCUCAAGGAAGUUGAUCCUAUUCGACAUAGAUUCCUUGAAAGUCUACUAGCGGCGGCAGAAGAAUACGACGCGAUAACUCGCGACAAUUUGCUAACUCUAAUAGAACGCGAUGCAAUGAUCGCGGCACUGCGCGUCGAGUGCGCCAGCUUCGAAGAGCUGUCAUUGACAAUGACGCACGUCGCGUCACACGCUGAUCCGGCCAUUGCUGUGCAGCCGCUCUGCGAUAGUGGAGAGCACAUUGAGGUCGGUCCGCACAACGCACGCGCGUACGCAGAAGCGAGCGCGCGCUGGAUCGUGCGUGAAGGCAUCCGCCGUCAGAUCGCGGCGUUCCGGCGCGGCUUCGCCUGCGUCUUCCCGCCUCGGCGCCUGCGCGCUUUCUCGCCGACCGAGCUGCGCCUGCUGCUCUGCGGCGAGCGCGGCCCUGCCUGGACCAGGGAGCAUCUCCUGCAGUACACUGAGCCCAAGCUUGGCUACACUAGGGACAGCCCCGGUUUCCUGCGCCUGGUGGACGUAUUGGUGGAGAUGUCGUGGCGCGAGCGUAAAGCGUUUCUGCAGUUCGCCACAGGCUGCAGCAGCUUGCCGCCUGGCGGCCUCGCCAACUUGCAUCCUCGUCUCACGGUCGUGCGGAAGGUCGAGGCUGGCGACGGGUCGUAUCCAUCAGUGAAUACUUGCGUUCACUAUUUGAAGCUUCCUGAAUAUACUUGCAAGGAGGUGCUUCGCGAGCGACUUCUCGCCGCGACCAACGAGCGUGGCUUCCAUCUCAACUAGACAUGUGCGCUAGUGAUGUUUAAUUCAUUUUACCAAUCGGAAUUGUAGAAGAUUCGAUGUACUGGAUUGUAUAAAGUAAUGCUGAUUACAAACUAAUGGCCGAUAUAUUGUAGACCUGGAAAUAUCUUACUUGCCUUUGGAAUGUAUUGCAGCUUUUUAUAUCAGCAUUUUAUAUAGUAAAUAUUAGGAAUGGCAUCUAAUGAACUUAUGGUAUUUUGUGUCUUCUAAUCUCUAUUGAAUCUUGUACAAAGUCGCAAGCCAAGAAAAUAUAGUGAUUGUAUUUUUCAAAACCAACUACCUUUUUAAUCGCAAAAUCGUGUAAUUCGUAUUUGCUAGUAGUUACGAAGUUAUAACAUUCUUGUGCGUUUUAUGAAUGUUCUAUUUACUUAUUGUUAUUUCAUGAUACAUUUUUAGGAACACGUUUGUUUUGUAAAUUUGAAACAUUAUUGAAUUCUUCUCACGUUUCAGGUUUUUUAAAUUGUACUGAAUAUAUUGAAUCUUCAUUUGCUUUGAGUAAUUUUAAGGUUUAAACUAAAAGAGGCUUCUAGUUGCCGAGUGUGUUUUGACCUAGAUUAGAUUUUUGUGAUGUUUUGUUCGGUAACAAUGAUAUCCUAAACUAUAAUUAGCACAACAAAUAAAUACACGUUUAAGUGAUGAACGUGUCUAUAUUUACAUCGGAACUUGUUGGAAAAUAUCUCCCGUUUCUGGGAUUAUUCGGGACUUAAGUGUAAAAAUUCAAACAGAAAGGAAUAUUUUUAAUUACUAAAUCAGGAGUAAUUUCGAAUUCUAGACAAACGCUAAGAUAUUGACCCUUCUAUGUCACAGGCGCUGCCGAUUUUCUCACUCUUUUCCCCGAAUUUGUUUAUAUCGCUAUACUUUAUUUUUAUCGAUGUUUGCGUUAUUAAGUAUGAAAAUGAAUAUUGCAGCAAAGUAUCUUUCUCGUGUGUGGUGGAUAUCUAUCUAUUAUACUCUGUUGACAGCGACAACUUUUUGAUCUUAUUUCUACUUUAUAACUUUUUCUUUUUUAUGAGUUUGUUUCGUUUGUAGAUUGUGUCUAUUAGGUAGCCGCAAAGAAAAAUCUUUUGGAAGCCAGUUACUAUUUAUGUGCUCCUGAUCAGGGAGUAACAUAAAAGAAAUACCGAAAAUUUAAAUAUAUUUUGACAGGGACUAUUAGCAAUGGUCAAAGAAGUAAUCAUCGAUACAAAUCUUUACAAUCAAAGUCAUUAGAUAAUUUAUUUACUAUUGAUACAUUCGAUGUAGUCCUUGUCGGUUUAUACAGAGGUAUUUGUUAUCAACGCGAAACUUUACAUAACACGGCAUGCAUAUCAUUAAAACUUUUGGCUUUCGACUUUCAUAAGUUCACUGAAAAUGUCUUCAUAUGAGAGUUCUAUGGAUUUAUUGUACUUUCCAGUAAUAAAAAAAAUGUGUGAGUUCCCUAAAAUAGUAGAACAUAAGUUAAUUUUAAUAAGAAUGCCGUGUUAUGAGGUUUCGGCUCCGUAAUAUAUAAACUAACUCUGUAUGAGCAUCGCAUUGUUUAGGACUGAAAUCAAAGUGAAACAAAAAUGUCAGGGUGUGAGACACUUUAGAAUUGUAUGAAUUAUAUUUAGCUAUGUUCCUUUAGUUAAAUAAUUUUGUCAACUAAAAGUUGGUAUUGUGAUUUAUAAUAUUAUAUAAAAAUAUUGUACGAAUUAAAAGAUAUAUAGUUUAAAUUGAAUAGGAAUUUAGAUUAAAAUUAUUAACAUAUAUCAUCUUGUAGU